UUCGUAGCCAACGAUCUUCUUCCUUUCAUCUUCAAACACACCAUAACUUGAGGAAAAAGCCUUUUCAAUGGCGUUUCCUCGUAGCAGCUCUGUUUCUUUCUUCACUUUCCUUCUAUUCGCCGUCUUAAUCAACACGGCCAUCUCUUCUCGCGUCUCAUCCUUCAUCAAGCUCCCCGGCUCCAUCGACGAAUCUGUCUCUUCCUCUCUCACUUCCUACUGCGAGAGCUGGAGAUUGGCCGUCGAGACCAACAAUGCUGGAAGCUGGAGGGUGGUUCCAUCCCAAUGUGUCAGCUCUCUUGAAACUUAUUACGACAAAGGCCAGUUCGACAAGGACUACAGUGUAGUCGCGGGUUACGCUCACGCUUACGCUAAAACGAUCAAGCUAAAGGGAGACGGCAAGGACGCUUGGGUAUUUGACAUAGAUGAGACGCUCCUCUCGAACCUCAAGUAUUACAAGGCUCAUGGUUACGGGUCUGAGCCUUACAACUCGAUUGCUUUCAACGAGUGGGUCGUACAAGGUACAGCCCCAGGUUUCGCUGCGAGUUUGAAACUAUUCAACCGUCUCAAGAAGCUUGGUUUCACUAUUAUUCUGCUAACUGGCCGGGACGAGGUUCAGAGGAGUGUAACCGAGCAAAAUCUCCUGGACGCCGGUUAUUCCGGUUGGGAGUAUCUCCUACUGAGGGGUCACGAAGAUCAAGGCAAAGCAGCUGCACAGUACAAAUCAGAGCAGCGAUCAAGGAUGGUCAAGAAAGGCUACAGACUCCAUGGAAAUACUGGCGACCAAUGGAGUGACCUGCAAGGUUUUGCUGUGGCCGACCGUUCUUUCAAAGUCCCAAAUCCAAUGUACUACAUUCCCUGAUCAUCCGCUGUGGCGGGAGCUUUUUAAUAAUUUAUGUUUUAAUAAGGAGUUUUCGUGAUUGGUCCGAAAACAACCUAUCUAAGAAUAUGUCCCGUGUUCCUUUUCUAAUAUGAUAUCGUUUCAGGAUCCUUUCUUUUAUCCAGUUCUAUAAUUUGCAAGGAAACUGAGAAGAAAAAUUAAG